CUUCACUCAAUCGUUUCGAGGCUUCCUUUCCUUAAAAUUUAUGAAUGGAGAAGCAUACGGUUGAAAUAUUCGAUCAUUCCUUUAGGAAAACAUAUACGAAGAAGCCCAAGUUGCGACAUGGGAGCUUGGCGAAAUCGAGUGAUCCGGUAUGCGAAAUUGAGUCAGAGGGCUGUUACGAAAGCAGCGUGUCGAGAGCAGAGAUUCGGAGAGAGGUGUCUACCCUUGAGAGGCUGCCGGCAGAGAUUAGACAUUACAUCUUGAGACAAAUAGUUCCCCAUAACCAAAAAUUUGAAAUCUGGCCACUCCACAGAAGAACGAAUCGGCCGCUGUGCUGCUACCUUCCUAAAAUCUUUGUCCGUGGAGCCUGGCUGGAUCUCGCGAACGUGUUAUGCCUGUUCCGAGUGAGCAGGACCAUUUACGAGGAUGCCUCGUACCUGUUCUAUAGACAGAAUCACUUCAAAUUCAACUUUAGCCAGGCGAUUCCGCGUAAUCUGUUGCACGCUGGGGGUGGCACUUUCUAUACUUACGAGGCAAUGAACGAGCCCUUUCCGAUUGCAAAAGACUUCGUCAGAUACGUCAAGCUGUGCGAGGUUGUGCAAUCUGGCCACGAAAAAGCGGGUUCAGCGCGCGGUGACAGGGCGGUGGAAAGCUGGGUUUCGACCCUAAUGAAAGCGUUCGCAAAAGGUCGCAACAUGAGCGUCGUCGUCUUCGUAAACGUCAAAACGAGUAACCGAAAUGUGACCGAACUGUGGAAUGGAACAACGCAGGAGUAUAGUCCCGAUCAAAUCAUGGCUCCGGUGAGGCAAGCAGGUGCUUGCGCGUGGUCGCUCAGAGCUAUCGUCGGCGAAGAUGAGGCAUGUGCUUCACCUUGAUUCUAGAGACGAAUGAAUUUCCAACGAUACUGCAGCAUUUUUGCGUCACAUACGAGAGGAGUUUUUUUUGCAGGUCUCGCUUGCUCACAACGCCGACGUUCAUCAAACGUGAUUGACAAAAAAGUAGAUAUCAUUAAUCGAAAUAUCAUUAUUAGUA